UCUGACUAGUCGGUGUAUCUAUUUGGCGACAAGAUCUGCACUAAUAAUUCGUUGUUAAAAUCCGUACGUGGGUGGAAUUUGCACUUUAAUUCUUUAAACAGAUGUUCUGCAUACAUUUGGCGUUCCACUGAGUGUUGUGAGGUUGCAUUACGUGUCGGAAAUAAGGCAAAUCCAAUCCCUUUCGCAUUGGAAGCAGUAGGAAGGCAACGAAACGUCACUAGCUCACACGUCAGCCGGAAUCCGUCUCGCGAUUUGUGAUCCAACAAAACGUUUCUAUUGGAAUCGUUUGUUUUCGUAUUUAUUCAGUAAAAGUGUGCUGAUUAAGAAAAAUGGUAUUAAUAGCGGCUGCAGUGUGUACAAAAGCUGGGAAAACCAUCGUUUCCCGGCAGUUUGUUGAAAUGACCAAAGCCAGAAUCGAGGGUUUGCUGGCGGCAUUUCCAAAGUUGAUGACGUCCGGAAAGCAGCACACUUUCGUCGAAACGGACUCCGUCCGGUACGUGUACCAACCGAUGGAGAAACUGUACAUGCUGCUGAUCACCACGAAAGCCAGUAACAUUCUGGAGGAUCUGGAGACGUUGCGUCUGUUCUCGAAGGUGAUUCCCGAGUACUGCCGCUCGCUGGAGGAGAAGGAAAUCAUCGAGAAUGCGUUCGAUUUGAUCUUUGCGUUCGACGAAAUCGUGGCGCUCGGUUACCGCGAGAGCGUGAAUUUGGCCCAAAUCAAGACGUUCGUCGAGAUGGAUUCGCACGAGGAGAAAGUGUAUCAGGCAGUUCGGCAAACGCAAGAGCGCGAAGCCAAGCAGAAGAUGCGCGAACGGGCGAAGGAACUGCAGCGUCAGCGCAUGGAGCAGAAAAAGUCUGGCCUGGGAGGGCGCAGUGGAGGAAGCGGGCCGGAAGGUUUCGGCAAUCGGCCAAUCGGCGGAGGCAGUUUCCCGAACGAUAGUAUUUCAUCAUCUAGCACACCGUUGGUUACCAUUGGGGAGCUUAGCAAACCUGCUCCGGCCGCUGCGAAACCAAGUGCGCCACGAAAUGCUCUCAAGCUUGGCGGCAAGUCUCGCGAUGCUGACACGUUCGUCGAUCAGUUGAAAAACGAGGGCGAGAAGGUUGUUUCGACACCGCUUCCAGCUGCGGCUGCAUCUUCUGCCGUUGCUAAGGCGAAACCAGCGUCCGAUGUGGUGAUGGACGAUGUCCACUUGCGCAUGGAGGACAAGGUUGUGAUCCGUGUUGGGCGCGACGGCGGAUUGCAGACGUUCGAGUUGUCCGGGUUGCUGUCAUUGCGAAUUUCAAACGAAAAGUAUGGUCGUAUCAAGGUGCAUCUGGACAAUGCCGAUCAGCGGGGCAUUCAGCUGCAGACGCACCCGAAUGUGGACAAGGAGCUGUUCCGCAGCGCGAAUCAGAUUGGUCUGAAAAACCCGGCUAAACCGUUCCCUUUGAACACGGACGUUGGUGUGUUGAAGUGGCGCUACCAGACGCAGGAUGAAUCUGCCGUUCCGUUGACGAUUAAUUGCUGGCCAUCUGAAAAUGCCGAAGGUGGAUGCGAUGUGAAUAUUGAAUAUGAGCUGGAGCAUACACGAUUGGAGCUGCAAGAUGUUUGCAUAACGAUUCCAUUACCAAUGGGUAUUACUCCAUCGAUUGCCGAGUGCGAUGGCGAAUACAAUCACGAUUCGCGUAAAAAUCUACUUCAAUGGACGUUGCCGGUCAUUGACGCUUCAAGUAAACAAGGUUCAAUGGAAUUCAGCGUACCAAACUCCAUUCCAGGAGAUUUCUUCCCGUUAGACGUUACAUUCUCAUCGAAAAUUCCCUACGCCGAACUGGCCCCUGCCAAGGUGGUCCUUGUCGAUGGUGAUGUCGAUGUAAAGUUCUCCGCCGAGACGGUGUUCUACACGGACAAGUUUGAGAUAGUGUAAACAUAUGAUAGGUUCCACUCUAUUUGCUCCCAAACACGUGCAUUAGAGAGUCAACGGGGAGCAUUACGUUAAAAUAUAUAAACUAUAUUUCUGCUUAUAUUUGAUGCCGCAAUUCCACAGCGCACGCGAGAAGGGGAGUAGUGGUUUUAUAGAAAAGGAAGCAAAUGUUAGCUCACUAGUAGUGUAUCUUUCGUUCGCUUCGAUGUUGAUUAUAUUAUUCUUUCCCUCGCCGCUCGGCUCUAUAUUUCCCUUUUUAAAUGCUUUCCCUUUUCGGUGUCAAUUUUAUUUUACAAUCAAUCCAAUAUGUUGUCCACUCUAUAGUGGAAACGCAUUCUGUAUAAGCAAAGCUGUAAGAAGGCAAAUAUAUGAAUAUUGAUACGAGUAUGCAAAAAAAAUCUAAACAAUGAUUAAUAAUA